GCAGGCAGAGUUGGAGCUGGAAAAUAAUUUUGCACACCUUGGGGUUUUCUAAGGGCCCCACGAAGGUUGGCGGACCAGGAGCAGCGGCUCUGGUGUUUGUUUUGCAAGCUAAGUGCCUUCCUGGUAUGCGAGUAAUCCAGUCAUAUGCCCAUCUUCCAGUGGACACCAGUCGUCUCUCUGCCUUAACCACCCCAUAAGCCCAGAGAGAUGGGCGGGAAGGGCAUCCUAGGAGACCCGGAGCGCUAAGUUCUAGGCUAGGCUCUCACUGUCACGCGGGCCCGGCAGAGGAGCAGAGGUGACGCCCAGCCAUUCUGGGUAGAGACUGAAAUGUAUGACUUUUAAACAUUACCAUCGAAUUUUUCUGAGGUGAUUCCAGGCGAGGAAAGUGACCGUCACUUAUCUACCCCAAAUUUGGGAUGAUGCCCAAACGGAGCCAAUCUGGGAGAAAGACAGGGAACUUGAAACACUUGGGGAUACGCUCCUUGGCGGGAGGCAGGGCAGAUUCAGGCACAAAAGUCUCGGAUUGGCUGUGCUGCCAUCGCUCCGCCCCAUGUGCUAUAAGAUGCUGGGCGGCGCGUGCGGCCUGGGUGUGGGCUCUGCGGCCGCCUCUCACUAGUCUCGUGCCCAGCAUCUCUCCUCCCCACGCACCGACAACCCUGGGCCGCCGCGGGGCGGGGGAUGCCGGGCUGCCGAAUCAGCGCCUGCGGCCCAGGGGCCCAGGAAGGGACGGCAGAACCGGGGUCGCCCCCGCCGCCACCCCGGGAGCCCCUGCCGUCCCUCCAGCCCCCUUCCCCAUCGCCGACCUCGACUCCGACCCCCACUAAGUCACCGCCCUUACCCGAGGCGGCCGAGACACCCGUGGAAGGGCAGGAGCUGCAGCGCUGGCGCCAGGGUGCUAGUGGGGGGUCUGGGGGCGCGGGCCCGGCGGGGAUCGCGGGCGCGGCGGCGGGGGCAGGGGGCCGUGCGCUGGAGCUGGCCGAAGCGCGGCGGCGACUGCUAGAAGUGGAGGGCCGCCGGCGCCUGGUGUCGGAGCUGGAGAGCCGGGUGCUGCAGCUGCACCGAGUCUUCUUGGCUGCGGAGCUGCGCCUGGCGCAUCGCGCCGAGAGCCUGAGCCGCCUGAGCGGCGGCGUGGCCCAGGCCGAGCUCUACCUGGCUGCGCACGGGUCCCGUCUCAAGAAGGGUGCGCGCCGCGGUCGCCGGGGUCGUCCCCCGGCGCUGCUGGCGUCCGCGCUCGGCCUGGGGAGCUGCGUGCCCUGGGGCGCAGGGCGGCUACGGCGCGGCCAGGGCCCGGAGCCCGACUCGCCCUUCCGCCGCAGCCCGCCCCGCGGCCCCGCCUCCCCCCAGCGCUGACCUCAGUACCCCGGACCCCUGGCUUCCCGAGGCAGGCGAGUCUCCAGGUGCGGGAGGACAGACGGACGGACGGAUCCAGGUGCUGGCCAGAUGGACGGCGUCAUCUACGCGGAGGAGUCAGCUGGGGGUCCAUGGGGGGCCCUGAAAGUGACACUAAGCUCCUCAGAGGCUCCACUCUAUGGGUCUGGACUGACUUCUGCAUUCCGCACCUUCUCUGGAUACCCCGCCUUCAGGAAGACUUCCAGGACUGACGAGGCCCGAGAUGCUCUCAGAUUAGCCGAGACCGCAGCAAACAUUGCCAGUGUGACUGAGAGAAGAAUUUCUUCUUAAAGAUAGACUCCUCAUUCUGACACGUCACGGAGUCCCUGUCAUCACAAGUCACAGUGUAGCUGGAGUCCCCAUCGUCCCUUCUAUGUCCAGCAGAUCCAGGAGGCCUCUUGGAGGCAGAUCACUGCUGUAGGAAAGCCCCAUUUUCCUUUCCCCACUAUCCUUGUCCUCCCCCCUGUGAGUGAGGACAUGCCUGUAGCCCCUUGCAGACAAUCAGCUGCUGCCUCCUAGGGGGACACUUUUCUCAGGAAGAGGUGGCAGUAACCUCCAAAGCCAAGUUACAUGCAGAAAGGCAAGCCACUUCUUGAUGUAUCCUGAUAGAGGGAAGGAGGCACAUUUACUCCCACACCGCCCAGAACAUAUAGGCUUCUCUAAAGUGGCUGUAUAGCGACUCAGUUCCCAACUAUAUACACGCAAGAAGAAUAAAUCGAAAUAACGAGAGGCUGA